GACAUCAGAGGAGGAGUGAACCUCGGCGGCAGGGCGUGUGUGUGUGUGUGUGUGUGUGAGUGAGAGUGAGUGUGUGAGUGAGUGUGUGUGUGUCUGUGGAGAGAAAUCUUGACCGCGUUCGUCUCAGGUGUAGAUGGAAAUGGACACGGAUCAAGGAGACUAAUAAGGAGCACUGCCAGAGGAAGUGAAAUGCAAAAAUGUGAUCUCCGCUGGGAGGGACAGCAAGCCCUGCUGCGCAGAUGACAGACUUCAUGACGGCGCCCCCAGUGAUCCUCGUCAAGUCCACAUACCCCGGAGAUCGGAACACGGUGAGUCCUUCUUCUUCUUCUUCUUCUUUCUGCGUGUGUCUUAAGGGGUGUGCGACCGACCCGGAGCCUCACUGUCUGAGGUUUUGGACUCGUAGCAGGAGAACAAGAACACAGUUUCACUUGAAGUGACGGGAAAGUGCCAAAGUCCAGGACAUAAAUACUGAGUAAUGAUCAGAGGUGUGUCAACGUCAUGAUGCACGUGGGUCAUGCGUGGAUAGGCUGUUUAAUCUGGCGUGAAACCACGCACCAAUGAUUUGGUGAAAACACCAAACUGAACGGGUGUUGGUUUAGUUUCACUUUCGGUUAGUUCCAGACUGGACGUAUUAUUGUCCGGGCUCGGGCUCCUCCUUCUGUUUGGAAAGGUCCGGUGUCCCUGACCUGCAGCCUACAAGUCCCCUGAGCCUCCACACCCAUGUGUGUUUAAUGUCCGGAGAUGAACACACUCAAAAUUUAACCUACAUCCAAAAUUCACCACUCGGACAGUGAGGGAUUUGCAUAUGCAGGUAUUUUUGGUGCAAAAGGUUUGUGCAUCUGUAACAUGUAAUUUGCAGUUGUGUACAGUGAUUGUGUAUGUGUAUUAGUAGGGGAGACCGGGGCUUGUUGUCACACUUUUUACACUCAUAUAUUUCUUGAAAUCAAUACAUCAUAUAUAAACAAAAUGUGUACCGCACAAAAGAGCAAAGUCUCAGGUAUAUAUUUUGUAUUCAUGUCAUUUUCGUAUCUUGUGUCAGUGCAGAUUUAUAAGCAAUCAAAUAGAAAGUGUGAAUAUGUGACAUGUUGCCCCACCAUCGGGUAAGUUGUCUCACUAUAUGGGGUAAGAUGUCACAGUGGAUUUUGCAGGUAAUAAAACAAGGACAAAAUUAUUGUUCUUGUCAGGCACAGAAAACGUUUAUCAUUGAGCUAGAAAAAGUCAUUGAACAAACGUUUACAUCAAAUAUUAUGCAACAUGCUCUGGAGUUUGGAGAGCUGUCUGACUCUGUAUUUCAGCUGGGGUGAAUGUUUUAUAAUAGUUGACAUUAAAGUCCUUUAUUGUACUCCAGAUUGAUUUAUUAGCUAGCAUCACCUGCCUGACUGCCCUCAGCAUCACGUCAGGUACUGCACUGCCAUGUUCUGUUUUUCUUUUGUAAAUCCUGACCAUGUCUUCUCGCUUUCUCCUCUCCUUUAAACCACUCUUUUCUCUGUAAAAAUAAAGUCAAAAUUUAAUUAUGACAACUGCUGAUAAGCAGACUCUGAAUGUUAUUUUAAUCUGUUUUAAAAUGUGACAACUAACCCCAAAAUGACUGAGACAUGUUGGCCAAACUUCCAUGUUUGCUAAUUCUAGCUCCAGCUCAAAGUUAGUUUAAAACAGAACAAUGUCUGAGGUAUGACAGAUGCCUUAAUCUCUCGUCUAACAAGUCCACAUGUAUCACUGCUCGGAUUUUUAUCUGGAAGAAGCUUAUUUUAAAAUAUAUAAGGUUCACUUUUUCUACCUUGGGUUGUGCGAAAUGGUUAAUUGGCGCUCAACUCAGCUCACAAGGUGCUCUCCUCUUCUCAGACAGGACACGACCCCUGACCAUGUAAAGGAAGAAAACUAGUAUUCCACUUUGUAGUUGCGCCCUCUGGUGGCAAAGAUUAUUGCAAUGUGAUGACUUACCCGUGUGACAACAAGCCCCGGUCUCCCCUAAAUGUGUAAUCCACACUCUAUGAGUUGGUUUUUUUUUCGUGUGUGUAUUUGUUGAUUUUUUUUUUUAUUUCCAGGAGUACAACACAACAUUUACACAUUCACAAAUUCUUAAUUACAAAUCCUUUUUUACAAGUCACAGAUUUAGACCCUUACACGCUCACAUUUUUGCUCCAAUUGUUGCAGCAUAUUUGGUGCAAAACAUAUUUGUGUUACUGUUUGGAACCAUGUGAAGUUGUGGACAAAAUUUGAAUAUGUGCACAUCUCUAUGUGAACUUGUGCAAAAAAAUGUUACAUUUAUGUACAAUAAGCUUUUACGAAAGUAGUUGUGUUGUUUUAAAACACAAAUGCAAAUCGAUAAUUACAACCGCUUGCGCAAAUCUACAAGUACACAACUCAUAGAGUUGGGAUUUCACAUUUACUAAUACACAAACACAAUCACUGUACACAACUACAAGUUACAUGUUACUGAAGCACAAACCUUUUGCACCAAAAAUACCUUCAUAUUUGCAGUGCUGUAACACAUUUAGUAUUUAUCUACAGAUCAUUUUAUUGGUUCAGAACCUCAAACUGGAUAUUGUAUUUUAUCAUAGAGUUUAAACUCUGGCCUCAUUUUGUUGAUAGUCCUAAGAAGGCACCAGGCAUGAUAGUCCCCCUUGACUGUUGUCUUCUCCCUGUGAUGUAGUUUUUGGUUGCUAUGUGUGUGUUUUUUUCAGUGUGUUUGACGUCUGUGUAACUCAGCUCCUUGUUUGUUUUGACUACCUGCUAAUAUCGUUGAUUUCUGUACUGUUUUCCUCCUCCCUUCCUCACUGUGUUGAUCACUAGUCGUCCAUUAACCACUCUCCAAGGAAAUUGAGAGUGAUACUAAAAUUGACCCACAUUGUCUGCUGAUGCUCUCAGAGAGGUUUUUUUUUUCUUUUAACCAGAUUGUCAAUCUUAAUCAGGUUGUCCUGAGAAAUCAGAGUGUCACCUAAAAUAUUCAAAAUUAAUGACUGUCGCCAAGAAGUUUUUGAGUCUGGAUCUGGACCCUGACCGUUUUAUCUGUGGUAGGUUGCAGUUGUAUUUUGUUCCAUUCUGCCCUGAAGCAGGUACAGCACGACUCAUUUUGGUAAAAUCUGAAUGAAAGCCAACUUUACACAAGAGUUAGGUGUGCCUGGCUGGUAGUUAAUAGGACAUGGUGUAUACUGUAGACCAGACAGACUGGGUAACAGCCUGCACAAUAAUAAUAAUAAUUAAAAAAAAACACUGACUUCAGGGCUUUUUGAUUGAAAAUGUCCCGUACUGGAGGCUACAGGAUUAGCUGUGUUCACAGGUUGCUAAUAUACUAGUUCUUAUGACUCAGUCGAAUAACUCAGUGAUUUGUCAAAUGUCAGAAAGUAUAAAUAAAUAGCCUUUUUUCUAACAACAUUUAUGAUCUAAAGAAAUUGAAUUACCAGAACUGGAACCAGCACAUAUUCAUAUGAGCUUGAUUAAACAUGAGCCUGAUAUCAAAGUUGAUGUUUGUGUUAACUCACUGGUCACUUCAGGGACCAACAAAAGCAGCACUUACUGUACAGCCAUUCUUACAUGAAGUAAAACAACCUGUUAGACACACAGCAGUGAAUCUGGGACAGUGACAUGGUUGAGGUGCUGGUAGACUAUGAUCCUGUAACACUCAGAGUGGAAAACCUCAACAGCUUUUACAAGACUUCACAGUUCACCGCAUUUGUCACUUUACUCCAUAUAAAUGAUGAUUUAAUUGUGUUCAGAUUAAGAUUAAGACAAUUAGGAGGCUUUCAUUGCAUCAAUCACUGAUAAGUUUAACAACAUGCAUAUAAAGAUCUUCCACUAUUAUUCUUUAGGGGUGGAUGUUUGUGACAUAUCCUCCCUCGCUCGUAUUUUUAAAGAAAUGACAUCUUGGCCUGCCAAAUGAAAAUAUGGUGGAAAAAAAGUGAUACAAGUAAUUCUAACUAUAGAUAAUUUCACAGUCUCUCAGCUUGAUGUGAUGUUAUUCUCAGUCGUUUAUUAAGAAAAAAAAAACCCAGAAAGAAUAGAGCAAACUAUUUAAACACGCCUCUUGGAAAUCUUCUAUUCUAGUACAUUCAAGAGUCAAGCUGUGUAUUGUCAAUUUCUGCCAUAUGCAGGAAUUUGAAAAGAAGUUCCUCUCUAGCCCACGGUGCAAAAAUACAGCGAAUAUUUUAAAAAUACAAAAAAUGACAAUAGAAAAAGGUGUAAUACAUUGGAAGAGUGGUCUACCCUGAUGUCCACUGUGUCUGUGAAUAUAUUUAAGAAUUAGAAUAAAUUUAUUUAUCCCAAAGGGGAAAUUAGUUUGUCUGUCGUCUCAUUUGUAAUGUCUCAAAAAGUCAUCUACUAUUUUAGAGUAUUUUAAGAGUUAUAACCAGCGACCAGUUGCACAGUGAGGUGUCAAACCCUUGCUGGUCCAGUUUGACUCAGCCUCCUUAACUACUAAUAAACUUGGUGGUUCCCUUAAUGUACCCAUCCGUACAGUGUUGCUAAUUGAAGUCUGGUCUGGGUCUCUCUGAAGUGAAGAGAUCCCUUCUGUCUCUGAAAACUUCUUGAAGACAUAACACAGCCUGUAAGGAUGCGUAGCCCAUGUUCAUACUUUAAAAAGUGGAAGAUCCACACGAAUUAUCAUUUUGACGAGCUUUACUGGUUGCAGAUCUGGGUUACAGCUUCAUCAUGCCACAAUUGUAACACAAGUGUAACAAAGACUGGUCUGAGACUGUUCAGGUAUAUAUAGCCGCCCAUGUUUCCAAACAUUCCGCUUGCAUCUUGUUGACCUGAAGGAGAGUCCAUGUAGGGUAAUAACAAAGCACAACACAUUUUGGGAGCCUGGGUGAUGUUGAACAUGGGUACAAGGUCCUUGUUGAGGAUGGUUGUUGGGGGCCCAUGGCUCCAGAAAUCUAGCACCAAAGUAUCUGAGGUAUUUGAGUGACACAGCUCCACCUCUCUAAAGGCUGACAUGACUGGCUAAAGAAAAUCACCCUAACACAGCCCCCGGCUCAGCUUUUGCUUGAGUAACAGUAAAGAUGUUCCUGAGCUGCUUACGUCCUAGUUUCCAGCAAACUGACCAGCCUGAACGAGUUAAAUUACUCAGAAAAUCAAGUACAGUCUCUCCUUACUGGUUCAUUUGAGCUUCAGGCAAAGCGAAACUCUAUGACACCAUUAGAUGUCCAGUUCAGAUUUCAGGUUGUGGUAGUUAAUAAAUAACAGUUGAGUUAUAAGCUGAGGGGUAAAGUUAGAUGGCCACAAGUGGGGAUGACUUCCUGCGGAGGUCUUUUUUUAGGAGAAGAAGUCAACACUUAAUGUGGUCCUGUGUUAACCCAGCAUGUCACAGAGUCUGUGAUAUCAUUUACAGCUAUUGUUGUUGUUCACAAAACUAUAAGUAUUAUUAUUGGCCAGGUAACGCUUGUGAAAAAGAUCUCGGGCCUCAAUGGGUUCUUAUCUGGUUAAAGAAAGGUUAGAUUAAACAAACAAACAAACAAACGAAAUGGCUCAAAGGUGUGUGAAUGUAUGGUUGACGGUAUGAAUGUCAACUUUUCCACAUUCAACCUUUCAGAUUUUGUAUGCUGUCUAUAUCCUGGAUAUAUUUGAAUAUUUUUAUUUUUUGUAUAAUGUCACAGUAUGUAUUCAAAGUUUUGUAUUUAUAUGUCUUUCUCUGUCCAACACAAGGAAAGCUUAGGUUCUAUAAUUGUGGGUUAAAAGCACAAAUAUUUCACCCCAAUACUCAAUAAUACAAAUAUGUGUUUUUAUUGAUAACUGUAAAAUGAAUUCAUUCCAAAAAUAAAUGUAAAACUGACCAUAUUGACGAGUAUUUUUUUGUUGUCUCAGCACUCAUCAGAGCUUGACAGAAGAACCUGCAGGAUGAUACACUGAUAUUUACGUAUCUUAUUUCUAGAAAUGCAUCCAGUUCCAGUUGGCCUGUAACCUGUGUUCAGAAAGCCACAAAACUCAGGUCUGGCUUUGUUUCUUAAUUCUGAGGUAGGCAUAAAGGUGUGACUUGUUUGCUUUUAGUUACAUAUUGAUUUGUAUGACUUAGAGGGAAAACAUUGAGACGAUCAGUAACAAAGCUAGAAAGUAAACACUGAGUGAACACGACACAAGUAAAGUCAGACUUGGUUCAUUGUUCUUCGACGUUUUGUUUAAAGUGUAUCAUAUCAAGUUUAUCGGUCAUAUGUUCAAAGUUCAUUAGUGUAGAAUUGCAUAAGUAAUGAAUAAUCUAAUGACUAAGCUUUAUAAUUUUAUAUAUCAUCUAUCAGUGAGGAAUCAGUUUGUUAACUGAUAACAAACUGAGUUAAGUUAAUUGCAGUGAGUGAUCAUGCCUCAUUUAAAUAUGCAUGUUUAUAUGUCCAUAUUGAAGUCUUUUAUGUCCACUGCAGCUCAUUAAAAAUCCUGAAGGGGCUCAAAGAUCAGUUGAGCAUUAUACACACUUCUAAGGUCCUUGGGCCUUCCAUUUGGAUGAGGAAAAACAUUCAGUAAAGAAAAAAAUGAAGAAAUGUUUCAUUAUGAAGGCAUGUUAUCAUGCAAACAUCAAAUCAAUAAUCCUCUCUGUGUGACAUGUAUCAUAAUUAUUGUCUCUUUUUUUCUUUUAUAGCCUCUUGAGUUCAUGCUCCUCUGCUGUUUCUGUGCGAGACAUAACACAUUUACAGAUUUGCUUGGACAGAUUAAAACCCUACAUUCAGGUGAGAGAAGGUAUCAAAUGAAUUGACUUUGGCUUAUAUUCAACACUUGUUAAACCUUUCUUGUACCUGAUGUUGUGAAUAAUAUUCUGUUGAUUAUGGAGGCUUUGACAGGCAAGUGAGAAAAACAGACAUGGUGAUCCAGUCUGAUCUGAAAUGUUUUAAUCCUUUAGAGAAAAAGAGCCGGUGAGAGUUUUCAUGAGCAAUUUAUUAUCUCUGCCUUUAUUUUUAAUUAGUAAAACUGGAGGGAAAAAGCUCAGCUGGACUAAUUACUUUUUGUCAGUAGUUAAAGAAAAGGAGUAUUCACCAUCUUUUCUUUUAAAUAACAGCUUUUUUUUUUCUUUUCUCACACUUUUCAGAAUUCUGAUGCUAUGCUAUAUGCUCCAUCAUCUGCUGAUGUUAAAGUAAGUCAUGAAAAUAUGUGAUGGCCUUUUUGGUUUGUUGCCAUUAUAUAAUAAUAAUAAUUAAUGUACUAAUAAAAGGAAUGAACUAGUUAGUUAAUGAUUUAAAUCAUUGUUUGAUUUUUAAAUCUAGGAGUAAAUAAUCUAACCAAGCACUACCAACAUUAACAAUCUUUUUAUUAACUGUACAGUUAUUGUCUUGUGUGCAGAGCACUAGCAGUAUUAAAAAAAAAGGCUAAGUCCAAGUCAAAAACUGCAUCUUAAUUUGGGAACAAAAUCCUAAAUUUGUGACUUAGGCUUUUCUCUCCAUUCUAGAAAGACUGUAAGAUGAUGUCGCUGCAAUGUUACAUGUUGGAGCUGAAAAUGGUAACUGUUGAAGAAGAAAUUAUGGAUGAAAGAUCCGACUGCAUCUUUGAUUUUUAUGACAUCUUGCCUCCUGAAGCUACUUAUGUAAGUCCUGUUUACAAAAUCCUAAUUUAAGAGUUUGCAUUUUAAGGAAUUUGCUGUCUUAGUCCGCUAAACCCUGUGCUUGCUAACCUGCUGAUACACUGCUGUUAACACAGAUAUGAAGAACACUGUAUCCUAAACCUUUUCAUUACACUUCAAUCCCUGUCAUGGUCCUCAAAAGAUAAAGCAGAUGCUCUUCCUCCAUUAUUACCAAAGAGACAUGACUAUUCUUUGUUCAUUUGAUUUAUGAUGUAAUCUUUAAUGUGUCUCUCUUGAAUUGCAGGUUGGCUGUCCACCAUGUGAAGCGUACCCAUUAAAAAAUAUUACCAUAUUCAUAGAGCAACUUAGUAAACUUUUGAAAGAAUUAACUCUAAUGAGAAAUGUCCAAGGCACGUGAAAUGAUGUAAAAUCAUAAGCUAUGUGAAUAUGUAGAUAUGUGAAGGAUAAUGUUUUUUUACUUUGUAAAUAUCACAUUUUAACUAUGUCAAACUAUGAUAAACUAUGCCGCCCUGUGGACCCUUAAGUGAAUGUUGAAUAUACUGUAACAGUUUGAAUGUACAGAGUAACUUCUCAGCCUAUUCUCUGAUUAACUAAACACAUAAAGUCACUCAGUCAUUGAGUGUCUUCAUCUGCCUCACAGAGUUUAAAGGUGCAGUAGGGAGAAACUUAAACCAGUAGCAUGUACUGUAAUAAUCACAAUACACUGUGUGCGUUAACAAGCUACCUGCUUAACAGUAUUGAAUGUAACAUGUAUUAUACAGUAUAAACUCCAUCCUGAGAUAUCCUCUGAAUACUUUGUCACUCCAGUAAAUUCUUCAACACAAGAGUCA